GUGGUGGGACCACCAGAUGCCUUGGCAGUCCUUCUUCACGGUCUGCGAGAUGGUGGCUCCUGAGAUCGACCUCGCCUUUAUUGGGGUGGUCCGAGAGGGUCAGGUGCUUUACCACUGCUGCUCCAGCGAGUGCGAGAGCCCCCCACUGCUGAAAGAGCCUCCUGUGACGGACGUGGAGGCACUUUUGUCGCUGGUGGCCGAGGUCGCUGAAGAGCUCCCGGAGAUGGUUUUCCUGUUCAACACCGGGGAUCAACCCUUUGUGGACAAGGUGUACUGGAGCCCCAUUCCGCAAUUCCACUGGGUUCGAAGUGCCGGCCACUGGACAAUCCCUCUUCCAAAUCCCUACCAUCUCAGGGCCCAUGCCCAGCAUCUGCUGGGUGACUUUCCGCAACACAGGGACCACCACAUGCCUUGGGCAAAGAAAAUUCCAAAAAUUUAUUGGAGGGGGCAGCUCUCGGCCCCUGACCACUUCCUCAAGGAAGACAUGGGGACGCUGCCAAGGGUUCGCCUCAUGAAGCUGGCGAAGGACUUCCCUGACCUCUUUGAUGUCGGCAUUACAAGUGUCGAUCGCGAGAUGUACAGAACCAUCGGCAAAGCAGGGGCAAAACAGUUGGUGAAGCAACUUGGUGGAGAGGCCCGGUAUGAGAAGCUGCGCAAGAUCAUGCCAAGAUAUCGGUACCUGAUUAAUGUGGCUGCAGUGCUUUCAGCUUGGCGCCUGGCCGAGAUGCUAGCCACGGGAUCUUUGAUUCUGAUGCAGGACAGUGCGGAUCGAGAGGUGAUUUUAGAGUGGCUCACUCCCUGGGUGCACUAUGUUCCGAUUAGCCAGGGCCUCUCGGACUUAGUCCCAAAAGUGAAAUGGCUGGAAGACCACCAGGAAGAAGCGGAAGCCAUAGCCCGCCGGGGCUUUGAGCACUUCUCGCAGCGGGUACGCCGGCACGACACGCUCUGCUACCUCUGGCAGGCCUUUCAGGCCGUUGCCAACUCGCAAACCCGGGCGACCUCUUCGGAACUCUUGCCUCGCACCGCGGGGUGGAAGGAGGUCAAGCCUCAGCUGGUGAUGAGAGGCGUCGAUAGCUAUUCGCAUCUUAAAGACCUGGUUGCGUCAAACCACUCGGAGCUAUGA